CCCUUUCCCCCCCAAAAAAAAGAAAGGAGAUCCUUUUUACUCUCCCUGUUCUGAAAUUAGGGCUUUGCUCCCCUUUUGCUUCUGGUCAUGGACUCUUUGCUAGCGAGCUACGCCUCUUCCGAUGAAGAACAAGAAGAUAAACCACAGCUCUCAAAUCCCAAAUCCGCUGGAUUCCUCUCCUCGCUGCCGCCCCCAAAAUCUUCAUCAUCUUCUUCUUCGUCAUCCAUCUCCUUUCCACUUCCCCCACCCCAAUCUCACCCCCCAAAGCCCCCUGUCUCGUCGUCUUCCUCAACCCUGAAUCCACAUAAAUCUAAUGUACUUCAAGAAGAGGAGGAUGGGCAGCAAUUGCUAAUAACUCCGGAAAGUUCGGGACUUUUGGCAUCGCUUCCAAAACCAUCGUCAUCUUUGUUCGCUUCGCUUCCUCAACCCAAAUCAUCUUCCACGUCAUCUCUUUUCUCUUCUCUUCCGCAGCCCACCAAAACCCUCAAUCCUGAUGCCCGAGCUCCGCCUCCUGCACAAUCUGCUGGAAAGAGGGUGGUUCAAUUUAAACCGCCUCCCGUAUAUUCAUCCACUAAUGUCGGCAAUGAAGAUGAUGAUGAAGACGAUGAUGACGACGAGGAGCAGGAGCAAAAGAAACAACCGGUAGUCCAGACUGCUUCAGUCAAGUCUUUUCUAUCGAGUAUCCCCGCGCCCAGAAACUCUGCCACUUUGGGUGCUCUUCCUUCGGCUUCAGGGUCGGGUAGGAGGUCAACCAUUGACGCUGACGUGCCGGGCUUGAAGGACUCAAAAGUGGUGAAUGCUGCUAGUGGGAGUGAAGCUGGUGUUAGUACUAGCAGUAUAGGCUAUUAUGAGGGCCAAUCAAGUAACGAUCAGAUGUCGAUGAGCUCAGGUGGAGAUCUUAGUAACUCGUCAGGAUAUGCAAAUGGAGGCGGUGAUUAUUCGAGUUGGGGUCACGGGAGUGAGAAUUAUGCCAAUCAUGCUGGUUAUGGUGCCUACGAAAAUAAUGGUGGUAGUGGUGUUGCAGGUGAUUAUCAGAACUGGGAUGGAGGAAAUGGGGAUUCCGUGAAUUACAGUGGUGAUUAUGGCAGUUAUGCGAAUUAUGGGCAGUACGAGAAUAACUGGGCUGACGUUCCUACUGCAGCUGUUGGGCCAGAGGUGUCUGGAUUUGCUGAGAAUGCAUUGAGAGUGUCUGGUAAGAGAGGCAGGAAUAAUGCACCCGAGGAAAUAGUUGAGGUGAAACAGGAUGAGUUGAUGAAGAAUCGGCCUAGGGAGGACCAGGUCAAAUUAACUGGAAUUGCUUUUGGGCCAGCUUACCAGCCUACUUCAACCAAAGGAAAGCCUUCAAAGCUGCACAAGAGGAAGCAUCAGAUUGGGUCCUUGUUCUUCGAUAUGAAGCAGAAAGAGAUGGAACUUUCAGAGCGACGUGCCAGAGGCUUCCUCACCAAAGCUCAAACACAGGGAAAGUAUGGGUGGUGAGGAAGAAGUGAUUUGCUGUGUUCAGUGCACCUGAGCAAGUAUUGCUAACCAAGAAAACUUUUCCUUUUCAUUCUUCCUCUCUUCUUAUACAACCCGCUUAAAUACAUACGUAAAAUAAGGGGGAUUUGCGGGCAUUUUUGUAUCUGGUUUUCUGCUUUAUUUGCAGUCAUAGCGCUUGUUUGAGCAAUGACAUUUCUGCAUUGUGUAAUCUUUUGCAAAUCCUCCUCUGGUUAGCAUAUAAAUUCAUUCAUGUUUCUUGUUUUCUUUGAGGGAUUGGGGGGUGUUGCGACUUGUAUAUUUACCUUAAAGUUUUUUCCUUCAAUAGUAUUUUCUUGUUUGUUGGCAAUUGAUUCUUGUAUUUUCUUGGAGCAGUACUCUUUUCAAACCCAAAUUUACUAAAUAUCAUGCAACAACUAAUAUUAUACUCUGGCAUGAUUUUUUGAUAUUCUUGUCAUACUUUGGGCUUUCUGUUUUGGCCUGAGUGUAAAUCUUUUGAAGGCUGAAAGGCAUCUUAUAUGGGCGACUUGAAGUGAUGGAUAGAAAUUGUCUUCUUGUGGUGUAGUAGAUUGCCUUGUGACUACUCUCUAGUAUGUCUCUGCAGAUUAGAAAGGUGAAUUGGUGAGUUUGUUAGCCCAUUGGUGGGUUUAACUGAAUUGGUAGAACUGGCAGGGAGAUAUCAGAAACAGCAAAUUAAGUCUUAUUUCAUUGUCACUUUUUCUCCUUUGGUAUACGUUCCCUUGCAGGAUCUGUUAUUGUUAUGGAUGUGGGGGAACCUAUGUAUAAUCCUCCAAGUGAUUGGUUGCAGGUAAGGAAAGAAAGUGAAAAUUACUAGGUAAACAUUUCAGAGUAAAUUCAUUCUUCACUAUUGAUGUAUUUGUGUUCGUAUCAUUUGCCACACCUAGCCAAUGCAGCCUUGACGACCAAGAAGAGUGCAACCACAAGACUGAGCUGCCUAGACGUUGAUGGAUUAUGGUUUUCAAAGUUGGUACCUCUUCUCAACGUCUAGUGGACAAGACAAUGAAGGUGGAUGCUAAUAUAUACCGAGAGAUUCAAGGAUGGAAGCCAACUAUUGAGUAGACGGUUAUGGGCUUCAGGCUUUGGGAGCUAGUUAAUUUCUAUCAUUCAUGUCAUCCAGAUUAAGCUGGUGAAACACUCAUGCACAAAUUCUUGCACCUAUGUCAACAGCAGAACGCACAGUAAAGUUGAUGCUGAUGCCAUCACCAAUAGCAGCUCCUGAUAUGUCUGUCCGUUUGUUUUUUUGUUCAGAAAUAAGAGCUCUGGAUUAAGAAGAUGUGUACCUUGUUUAGUACUUACUGAGUUAAGUGUCUGUUGCUCCUUUUUUUUUUUGGUAAUAUUGAAAUAAAUGCCGUUCGUCAAACUGUAAAAUCACACGGCGUAGCGUGAAUUUACUGUUUAGCUUCAUGGAACCUAUGAAGAAUUCAA